CGCAGAGCGAUGACGUAUGGUCAGGCUGGGACUGUCAGUCAGAGCGCGGCCGGGUUACGGGCCGAGUGGCCCGCGGGGCCGGCGCCUCCAUGGCGGCCGUGUUUGAUCUGGACUUGGAGACGGAGGAAGGCAGCGAGGGCGAGGGCGAGCCGGAGUUCAGCCCCACGGACGUGUGUUCGCUUGCCGAAUUGAGGGCGGCUGGCCUGGAGCCUGUGGGACACUAUGAGGAGGUGGAGCUGACUGAGACCAGUGUGAACCUCGGCCCUGAGCGCAUUGGGCCCCACUGUUUUGAGCUGCUGCGUGUGUUGGGCAAGGGAGGCUAUGGAAAGGUGUUCCAGGUGCGAAAGGUGCAAGGCACCAACUUGGGCAAAAUAUAUGCCAUGAAAGUCUUAAGAAAGGCCAAAAUUGUGCGCAAUGCCAAGGACACGGCACACACACGGGCUGAGCGGAAUAUACUAGAGUCAGUGAAGCACCCCUUCAUUGUGGAACUGGCCUAUGCCUUCCAGACUGGUGGCAAACUCUACCUCAUCCUUGAGUGCCUCAGUGGUGGCGAACUCUUUACGCAUCUGGAGCGAGAGGGCAUCUUCCUAGAAGACACAGCCUGCUUCUACCUGGCUGAGAUCACGCUGGCCCUGGGCCAUCUCCACUCCCAAGGCAUCAUCUACCGAGACCUCAAACCCGAGAACAUCAUGCUCAACAGCCAGGGCCACAUCAAACUGACCGACUUUGGACUCUGCAAGGAGUCGAUCCAUGAGGGUGCUGUCACUCACACCUUCUGUGGCACCAUUGAGUACAUGGCCCCUGAGAUCCUGGUGCGCAGUGGCCACAACCGGGCUGUGGACUGGUGGAGCCUGGGGGCCCUGAUGUACGACAUGCUCACUGGAUCGCCACCCUUCACCGCAGAGAACCGGAAGAAAACCAUGGAUAAGAUCAUCAAGGGGAAGUUGGCGCUGCCCCCCUACCUCACCCCAGAUGCCCGGGACCUUGUCAAAAAGUUUCUGAAGCGGAAUCCCAGCCAGCGGAUCGGGGGUGGCCCAGGGGAUGCUGCUGAUGUGCAGAGACACCCCUUCUUCCGGCACGUGAAUUGGGAUGACCUCCUGGCCCGCCGUGUGGACCCCCCUUUCAGGCCCUGUCUGCACUCAGAGGAGGACGUGAGCCAGUUUGAUACCCGCUUCACACGGCAGACGCCAGUGGACAGUCCGGAUGACACGGCCCUCAGUGAGAGCGCCAACCAGGCCUUCCUGGGCUUCACGUACGUGGCGCCCUCCGUUCUGGACAGCAUCAAGGAGGGCUUCUCUUUCCAGCCCAAGCUGCGCUCCCCCCGGCGCCUCAACAGCAGCCCCCGGACCCCUAUAAGCCCCCUCAAGUUCUCCCCCUUUGAGGGGUUCCGGCCCAGCCCCGGCCCGCCAGAGCCCAUGGAGCCACCUCUACCUCCACUGCUGCCGCCACCGCCGCCGCCACCACCCUCGAGCACUGCCCCGCUCCCCAUCCGUCCCCCCUCAGGGACCAAGAAGUCCAAGAGGGGCCGCGCGCGCCCUGGGCGCUAGAGUAGGUGGGGAUGAGGGCAGCUGUUGAGGCCCCUCCCCGCAGGCUGUGCGGGCAGCAGGACGCUGGGCCAGUUCCACAGACCUGGCGUGUGUCUGGGGGUGGAGGGCGAGUGCACGUGUGUGUCUUUCCUGGGGUGGCCGGGCCCCUGAAUCAUGAUUAUGGAGGGCUGCAGGCUGCGACUGCUGGAGCAAGGGCUCGCUGCCCCCCAGACCUCCGUUCAUCUGUGCCCGUGGGGAAUUAAAGGAUUGA